GUUUCCGACGUUAAAACUCCGCGGUAAAAAAUCCUUUUAAUUUUUGUGGGACUUCCGUGGUGAAAAAUCCAAAUUCCCAAAAGAGGAGAGAGAGCGAAGGGACAGAGAAAGCAGAGCAGUCACGCGAAUCGAGAGCUUUUUAGUUUUUCCUAUUUUCUUAUGAUAAAAAAUUCCGAUUCCUGCAAUUGUAGUUUGGCUCGCUCCCUUGUUUUUCCUUGCGAUAAGGUAAUGAUUUGCCGGCGUCGGGAGGGAAAACAAAGGGUAUUGGCGCUGUCUGAGAUGGAUUAUCUAUCAAUUUGUCCAUAAGGUCGCUUUUUUCCUUUCAUUUUAUUUUUUAAACUUAGCAUGGACUGUGGAGUUUUGUGACUUUUGUCUGUACUGUGUUUUCGCGAUUUAGGCUUACUGUUCUGAAAAAAUGUUACGGUGUUCUGUUUCUAUUUUUCUAUGAAAUGAACUUGUUUGUAGCAUCACAGCUGGUUCGGAAAAACAAAAUUCAUUAGCUUAUUUGAACUUUCUUCUUUAAAAAAAAAAAAAAAACUUAUUUUCUAGCGCAGCUAAUUUUUCUCUCAAGAGAUUUAGAUUUGAGGUUUUAUACUUUUAUGUAUAUAUUAUAUAUGCGAAUUUAUGAUUAUAUUUAUUUAAUGAAGCAUAAAUAAAGUUAAAAAUAUUCUUUUUCAAAAGAUCCUUGUUUUUAUGUAUAUCGAGGCUUGGUGCGCUCCUUGUGGUUUCAGUUUGAGAUUCUUUGAUUGCCCCCUUCAAAAAAUUUUUUUUUGAUGAACCCCAUUCAAAAUUUUCGGUUUUUAGGUGGUUCUCUUGAUUUGAUUGCAGUUCUGUUUUGUUUUCUGGAUACCUAAAAAAUGAAGGUAGCCAUUUUUAUUCUGAUUUGUUGUUUUUUAGUUGAGGCUUCGCUGUGUAUUGAGGUAUUUUAACUCGUCACCCACACCGCCAAGAACCUCAAGGACAAAACCCCCCAUCUUGGUUUUUCUCCUGCUGAUAAUGUGCUUUUAAGUUCAGUAUCCAGCAGGGAAACCAAGAGCAUCUUGGCCUCUGCUUGAGAAUGUCUUGAGUUUCCCACCUCCACCUCACUGAUUCUCUCAUGGAGAAGAAAUUUUUUGGAAAAACCCUAGCUCUGCAAUACCUUAUUUGCCUAUUCUUCCUCCUCUCCCAAAUCACAGGAACCUCCUUCUCACCAUUUUCUGAUUCAAACUUAUCGCAACCUCCAAGUUCUUCCCCACCAUCCAAUCUUCAUCCAUCCUCAAGCCGCGCCAGUCUUAGGCGAAUCCUCCUUGGUAUCCUUUUCGGCUCCCUCACUGGUGCUGUUGCCUCCAUCGUCUUCCUCUUCUCGAUCCGACUAUUCCUCCUGUUUGCCAACCGUACCCCAAUACUCAAAGGUCCAGUCAUCUUCACCCCCAAAAUCUCUCCUAAAUCUCUGAAAGUUAUUUUUUCCGGCAACGAUGAAUCUCUACAAAUGCUUGGUUCCAGCCCCAAUGGCAAGUACUUCAAAUUAUCACUUAACAAUGAGGUGACAGUUGCAGUAAAGGUGCUUGAAUCCACUUGCUCUAGUGGUUCCCCUGGAACAAAUUCCAAUUCAUGGAAAAGGAAAGUGCAGAGAGAGCUUGAAUUGCUUGCAAAGGUUAGCCACCGGAAUGUGAUGAGCUUGAGAGCUUACGUACGAGACCAUGAUCGGUUCUCUUUGGUGUACGAUUAUAUUUCAAAUGGAAGCCUAGAGGAUGCCAUGAAAAGGGUGAGAUUGAAUCGGUUGAGACUGGGAUGGGAGUUGAGACUUCGGAUUGCGAUAGGGAUGGCGAAGGGUUUGAAGUAUCUACACUUCGAAUUCAUUCCAAGGAUUUUACAUUACAAUCUGAAGCCCACAAAUGUGUUGCUAGAUGAAGGUUUCGAACCAAAGUUGGGAGAUUGUGGCUUGGCGAGGCUGGUAGUGGCUGGUGUGGAUGCGCCAAUCUCCUCUUGUUAUGUUGCACCAGAGUGUUUUCAGAGUUGCAGGUACACUGAUAAAAGCGACAUAUAUAGCUUUGGAAUGAUCCUCAGCGUGUUGUUAACAGGGAAAGAUCCUUCGGAUCCAUUCUUCAUGGAAGAGAUGGGGAGGGGCGGUCUUGGUCCAUGGCUGAGGCACUUGCAGCAGGUUGGAGAGGCACGAGAAGCCCUCGACAAAGGAAUGCUAGCUGAAGGAGAAAAGGAGGAGGAGAUGUUGAUGGCAAUCAGAAUUGCUCUUGUUUGCCUUUCAGACUUGCCUGCUGAUCGUCCUUCUAGCGAUGAGCUCGAAGCAAUGCUUACACAGCUCCACAGCUUCUGAUAAUCAGAUUUCGUUUGGGAUGGCUUUUUUAUUGCUUCUUAAAGUUGUUUCCUAGUAAAAAAUUAAAAAUUUUGUACUAAAAAGUUAUUUUAAAAAGCAAUAAGAAAGUUGUCCUAAACGAAGUCUCAGAAUCUCUUUGUGCAUAUUAGCUCUCAUGGUUAUGAUUGUCUGGAUUUCUCUCGGUUUCAUUGAUGCCUGACCGUUUGGGAGUUUGCCGUGAGCUUCAGCCUUCAGCUAUGCUAUGAAUUUUGAUAUUUGCAUUUAGAAUUGUGCAGCCUAAGGCCUCUUGAGUGCUUGUAUUGUUUUGUUGACUCUUUUUUUAAUAUAUAU